AAAAAAAGAGAAUUUAUUUGCUGAAUUUCUAAGCUGAAGCCCAAAGCAGAGACCUUUGCUCAAGAAAUCAGUCUCACUCUCAUUUUUCUCAUUCUGAUUUUUCAAUUAACCUCAAAGCCUCUGAAAUCCGAGCAAGAAGAAGGAAAAUUUGAAUCCCAGAACAACAAAAGGCAGCAGAUUCAAUGGCAGUGGCUGGUCUCUAUCGCAGAGAGCUUCCUUCUCCUCCUGCAAUUGAAUUUGCUUCCCCAGAUGGAAAGAAGCUCUUUACUGAAGCUCUAGGAAAUGGAACCAUGGAAGGGUUUUUCAAGCUGAUCUCUUACUACCAAACGCAAUCAGAGCCUGCGUAUUGUGGGCUGGCCACCCUUGCCGUCGUCCUUAACGCCCUCGCUAUAGAUCCCGGGAGAAAAUGGAAAGGCCCAUGGAGAUGGUUUGAUGACUCAAUGCUGGAUUGCUGCGAACCUUUGGCAAAGAUCAAAGCCGAAGGCAUCACCUUUGGGAAAGUUGCGUGCUUGGCACAUUGCAAUGGAGCUGAAGUCAAUGCCCUUCGAACCCAUGAAAGUUCCGUUCAUGAUUUUCGUAACCAUGUCAUUUCGUGUACUUCUUCAGAGGAUUGUCAUGUCAUCACAUCAUACCACAGAGGUGUAUUUAGCCAGACUGGAACUGGCCAUUUUUCACCGAUUGGGGGUUAUCAUGCUGGAAGAGAUAUGGUUCUCAUUUUGGAUGUUGCUCGAUUUAAAUAUCCUCCUCAUUGGGUUCCACUUUCACUUCUUUGGGAGGGAAUGGAUACUAUUGAUGCAGCAACUGGACAUCGUCGAGGGUACAUGAUUAUUUCAAGGCUUAACAGAAGUCCAUCUAUUCUUUACACUGUGAGUUGCAGACAUGAAGGUUGGAAUAGUAUUGCGAAGUACUUAAUAGAAGAUGUUCCUCUCCUGUUGAAGUCAGUAGAUGUAAAAGAUGUUCAGAAUGUGAUCUCUGUUGUAUUCAAAUCACCACCUGCUGACUUGAGAGAGUUCAUUAAAUGGGUUGCCGAAGUUCGGAGACAAGAGGAUGGGAAUCCGAUCGUAAACAAAGAGGAAAAAGGAAGGCUAGCUAUCAAGGAAGAGGUAUUGAAACAAGUAAAAGAAACGGAACUCUUCAAGCAUGUAACCACAUGGUUGGCUUCUAAAAAUUCACUUUGUAAGGAUACCGUAUCACUGGGUGGUAAAGAUACCUUGCCUGAAAUUGCUGCAAAUGUGUGUUGCCAAGGAGCUAAAGUUUUGGCUGGGAAAGUCAGUUCAUUAGAUGGAAUGUGUUGUAGAAAAACUGACAUGAAGGUCUUAAAAUCCAAUGGUGAAAAGCCCGUAACAGUGGUCUCAGGAACUGUAACAACUAAUGGCAUGGAACAAGCAGUUGAUAUGCUGGUUCCCUCAUGUCAAACAGAUCCAAGCAGUCUGUGUUCUUUUUAUCAUGGCAGCUGCAUAGGGAUGCAUCCAUCUACGGGCGAUGUUCUAACAGUACUUCUGUUGGCUCUGCCUCAACACACAUGGUCUGGCAUUAAAGAAGAGAAGCUACUUGCAGAAAUUAAUAGUCUCAUAUCAACUGAUUGUCUGCCCACUUUGCUUCAAGGGGAGCAGGUUCAGUACUUGCAACGGCAAAUCCACUUCCUCGUGACUGAUAAUGGAGCAGGUUCUCUUUCAUAACAUACUUUUGCUUAAGUUCUUAAAGCAUAAAACAUGGAACACCCAAAAAAGUGACAAUUUUGGUAAGAUUUGGUGAAAUUCAUAUUUUUGUUUUAUCAUGUAAUUUCAUUUCAAAAUAUGAUUUUGCUUUUUAGUCUGUAGAUGUACUCAUAAGCUAUGCAUGCCUGUAAUACUAACAUUCAGUAGAAAAAUUAGUUCUAUCAAUUGACAUUCACUAGAAAAAAUCAUUGGAAAUA